UGCUUCUCGUUAAGGUUCUGAUGUGCAGCUGGUGACCUGAUCUACCUAGACAAGGAUAGUUGGUCUCCUUGACACUCAUCCAGAGGAAGAAUCCUGGCCUGGACUCCAGACCAGCUUUCUCCAGUGAGGAAAUUCUGUCAGAGAUCCUGAGGCUGGUGCUCAGGGCCCAGCAGCCCUCAUGGCCUCCAAAGUAUUAAGGAGACACUUCAUCCAGGAACUCACUGAUUAUCUCCAGGACACAGCAAGCAAAGAGGACCUGCAGCUCCUAUUGACUAAAGAUGAACACUGGAAUGCAUUGGUGGAGGAGGCUGAAUUGUCCAGGGAUGAUGAAGAUGCACUGCAGACCAUUCUGAUGGAGCUUAUAGAACUCACUGCUAUGGAGGACAAAGACAGGCUUCAAAUGAAUCUACAGGAUAAGAUGUUAUUGGUUGCAUUAACUCGGUUGAAAAGGGGGUUUGAAGCGAACAUCAGGAAGCUUCAUGCCCUUGCUGACCAUAUUGACAAAGUGCACAGGGCCUGUACCAUUUCCAAAGUGGUGACCAACUCUGCUGCUUCUGCCUCUGGAGUCCUGAACAUCCUUGGUCUGUUUUUGGCCCCUGUGACAGCAGGGAGCAGUCUGGUGCUGUCAACAACUGGGAUAGGGCUACAAGUAGUGGCUACUGUGGCUGGUGCUGCCACUGCGGUUGUGGAGGAAAGAAACAGGUGGUCAGAUGAAGCCGAAGCCAGGAGCCUGGUUUCAGCCACCAUGAACAUAACAAAGGAAGUUGUUGCGAUGGGAAAGAUUAUAGUCAAACUUUCUAAAGGAAGUCUAAAUGUCAUGAGAAAAUUGUCAGCUCUUGGGAAGCAUAUCCAAGCCAUCAGGAUUGCCAGAGCCAAACCUCACUUAGUAGCAGAUGCCAAAAUCUUCAGCACCAAUGGAAGAAUCUCUGUCCGACACCCUAGUCAGUUGUGUAAUGCCUUUGAAGGCACUGCUCUGGCAAUGACUAAAGAAGCCAGAAUCAGAAGUAUAGCCAUUUCGGGCAUCUUCCUUGCAUUUGAUGUAUAUUGCCUUGUAAAAGACCUAAGACAUUUACAGAAGGGGGCAAAAUCAGAGUCAGCUGAAGCACUGCGGAGCCUGGCCUGGGAGCUGGAAGAGAGGUUGAAAGAGCAGAUCCUGACCCUGAAGACAGACUCACGAGUUGACUCCCCUUCUCCAAGGAAUGUAGAAGUCAGUAGAGAUGAUGUAGACAGAUUAGAAGUAGUAGAGAAAUUUUGUUAUAAGUGAGAAUGUGAUAGUUUUAACUGUCAACUAGACACAAUCUAGAAUCUUGCGGGAACAGACUCUCAGUGAGGGAUUGUCUAAUCAGCUUGGCCUGUGAGCAUUGCCUAGAAGGAUGUUUCAUAGUUACAUUAAUUGAAGUAAGACUUCUCCAUUGUGAGUGGCACCAUUCCCUAGGCGGGGAUCCUGAACUCUUUAAGACAAGAAAGCAGUCCGGAAGGCUCAGACCUUAGCAGACAGCCAGAGAGUGGCUGUUCUGGCCUCCAUCUGGCUUAGAGG